ACCGCACUGUAGCCCUGGCGACAGGGUGAGACUUUGUCUCAGAAAAAGAAGAAAAAGAGCAAAUGAAGCCUCAUUUUAAAUUCUGUCUUCUUUAUCUUUCUUUAACUUUUCAUUAAGCAGCAAUUCAAACAAAUUCUAAAGGAAAGAGAACAGUAUACCCAACCUCUAGGUACCAUCAUCCUGCCUCGACAAUGAGCAACUCGCGGCCAGUAUUGUUUCAGCUGAGUUCUACCCGUCCCUAAACUAUAAGGACUUAAAAAACUACCAGUACGACAUCUAAAAUAUUUAACAGUUACUUAACAGCAUGAAAUGCGUGAGGGCCUCCUUCCCAGAGUGUGUUAGCGCCUCUCCUACAGCGCCUGGCCCGGUGGUCCCAACCCCCGGCGGCAGCUGCACACGCCCCGGAAGCCAGGGACAGAGAGGCUGGGUCCCUCUUUUUUCCUCGAGGUGGUGACAGCACCUCGGAUCUGGUCGGGCGCGGCCGUCCGGGGCGCCCCGCCCCGCGCAGAGGGAGCCCGCCUGGCGCUGGGGACUCGGGCCGGGAGCCCCUUCCCAAGAGCGCGCACGCCCCGCCCGCCCCACCCCACCAACUCCCGCGCCCGCGCUCAGCGCUGCUUGACUCCGGUGGUUCUUGUCCUCCCGCGGGUCCGAGGGCGCCGGAAACCCAGCGGCAGCGAAGCGGAGAGGAGUCCCGCACGUCCCGGCUCGCACGGCUCCGGGUCCGGGGUCUGCGCUGGAGCCGCAUGGGGAGAGGCCGUCUCUGCGCCCGCCGCGCCCGCUCCGACUGUCCGAGUCCGCGGCCAGCCGGGCCACCAGCCAUGGGCUUCCGCCCGCUCUCGCCGCCCCGGGCGCUGUCGUCGCCGCGGCUGCUGCUGCUGCUGUCUUUGCUGCCAGUGGCCAGGGCCUCGGAGGCUGAGCACCGUCUCUUUGAGCGGCUGUUUGAAGAUUACAAUGAGAUCAUCCGGCCUGUGGCCAACGUGUCUGACCCAGUCAUCAUCCAUUUCGAGGUGUCCAUGUCUCAGCUAGUGAAGGUGGAUGAAGUAAACCAGAUCAUGGAGACCAACCUGUGGCUCAAGCAAAUCUGGAAUGACUACAAGCUGAAGUGGAACCCCUCGGACUACGGGGGGGCAGAGUUUAUGCGUGUCCCUGCCCAGAAGAUCUGGAAGCCCGACAUUGUGCUUUAUAACAAUGCUGUUGGGGAUUUCCAGGUGGACGACAAGACCAAAGCCUUACUCAAGUACACUGGGGAGGUGACGUGGAUACCUCCGGCCAUCUUCAAGAGCUCCUGCAAAAUUGACGUGACCUACUUCCCAUUUGAUUACCAAAACUGCACCAUGAAGUUCGGUUCCUGGUCCUAUGACAAGGCGAAAAUCGAUCUGGUCCUGAUCGGCUCCUCCAUGAACCUCAAGGACUACUGGGAGAGCGGUGAGUGGGCCAUCAUCAAAGCCCCAGGCUACAAGCACGACAUCAAGUACAACUGCUGCGAGGAGAUCUACCCCGACAUCACGUACUCGCUGUACAUCCGGCGGCUGCCGCUGUUCUACACCAUCAACCUCAUCAUCCCCUGCCUGCUCAUCUCUUUUCUCACGGUGCUCGUCUUCUACCUGCCCUCUGACUGCGGCGAGAAGGUGACCCUGUGCAUUUCCGUCCUCCUCUCCCUGACGGUGUUUCUCCUGGUGAUCACGGAGACCAUCCCCUCCACCUCGCUAGUCAUCCCCCUGAUCGGAGAGUACCUCCUGUUCACCAUGAUCUUCGUCACCUUGUCCAUCGUCAUCACUGUCUUCGUGCUCAACGUGCACUACAGAACCCCGACGACACACACGAUGCCCUCCUGGGUGAAAACUGUAUUCUUGAACCUGCUCCCCAGGGUCAUGUUCAUGACCAGGCCAAGCAGCAACGAGGGCAGCUCUCAGAAGCCAAGGCCCCUGUAUGGCGCCGAGCUCUCAAAUCUGAAUUGCUUCAGCCGCGCAGAGGGCAAAGGCUGCAAGGAUGGCUACCCCUGCCAGGACGGGAUGUGCGGCUACUGCCACCACCGCAGGAUCAAAAUCUCCAAUUUCAGUGCCAACCUCACAAGAAGCUCCAGUUCUGAAUCAGUGGACGCUGUGCUGUCCCUCUCUGCUUUGUCACCAGAAAUCAAAGAAGCCAUCCAAAGUGUCAAGUAUAUUGCUGAAAAUAUGAAGGCACAGAACGAAGCCAAAGAGAUUCAAGAUGAUUGGAAGUAUGUUGCCAUGGUGAUUGAUCGCAUUUUUCUGUGGGUUUUCACCCUGGUGUGCAUUCUAGGGACAGCCGGGUUGUUUCUGCAACCCCUGAUGGCCAGGGAAGAUGCAUAAGCAUUAAGCUGUGUGCCUGCCUGGGAGACUUCCUCGCGUCCAGCCAGGAGGAGGCUGCUUCUUAGUAGGAAUAUACUUUCUGUUUUCAUGCUACCAGCUUUGUUUAUGGCAUCUCAAGAUUUACUUAUUUUCCAGUUGUCUUGGUUUUUGUCAAAAAAAGAAUCAUGCAGAAAAAACGUCGAGUAUUUAUUAUGGAUAAAUGAACAUUUAGCCUUUUUAAUAUAGUAAAGAGAUGUCAAAAUGUGAUUCUUGUAUGUGAUACAUAGUAUGCUGUGCUGUGGAACAUACAUAUAAAAAUGCUUCCUUUUUUUAGUUGUUGAGAGGUAACUGGAUAGAAAAAUGCUGUUCAGAAAUAUGAAAAGUCAUUCAGCUCAGUAUCACUACAUAUCGCCCAGUGAUUUUUCUUAGUUAGCUCAUAAUCUCUUUGAAGUUGUAUACUAAUUCAGCAAUCCCCCACUAUUACCCAUUUCUUACAAUGCACUUCUCAUUCUUUUCUGGGUCUAAAGGCUGUGCUUCCAUUUCAGAGAGCUUCAGCUAUUUCUCUUGCAUAAUUCUAAAUUAUACAAUGAUAAAUCAUGCCUAAUUAUUAUUAGUAAAUUGUCUUAGUGCACCAUAAACUGGGUGGCUUAUAAACAGAAAUUUCUUUCUUAGUUUGGGAGGUUGGGAGGUCCAAAGUCAAGGCAUCAGCAAUUUGGUGUCUGGUGAGGGUCCUCUUCCCCAGAGGGUGCCUUCUGGCUGUGUCCUAGCUCUGUGGGGUCUAUUUUAGAAAGGCACUAACCUCAUUCAUGAGGGCAGAGCCCCCAUGGCCUAAUCACCUCUCCACGGCCCCACCUUCUUUUUUUUUUUAAAUUUUUUAUUGCAUUUUAGGUUUUGGGGUACAUGUGCAGAACAUGCAAGACAGUUGCAUAGGUACACACAUGGCAGUGUGUUUUGCUUCCUUUCGCCCCUUCACCCACAUUUGGCAUUUCUCCCCAGGUUAUCCCCCCCCCAGUUCCCCCCCUGCUGGCCCUCCCCUUUUCCCCCCAAUGGACCCCAGUGUUUAGUACUCCCCUCCCUGUGUCCAUGUGUUCUCAUUUUUCAUCACCCGCCUAUGAGUGAGAAUAUGCAGUAUUUCAUUUUCUGUUCUUGUGUCAGUUUGCUGAGAAUGAUGUUCUCCAGAUUCAUCCAUGUCCCUACAAAACCCACCUUCUAUCUAAGACAAUCACACUGGAUUAGGUUGCAACAUAUGAAUUUGGGGAGGACACAUUCGGACCACAGCAUGAACCUUUAGAACAGGGGUUCUCAGCCUUAGCACGAUGGACAUUUUGGGCUGGAUAAGUACGUGUUGGGACAAAGUGGGGGUAUCCUAGCAGUACCAUGGCCUCUACCCACUAGAUGCCAGUAACAUACCCUGCUUCUUCACCAGUUAUGAUAACCAAGAAUGUCUCCAUUGUUAAAUGGAGGCAUUUUUGCCCCUGGUUGAGAAACAUUGCUUUAGACAAAUUAUUAAGAAAGAAUAUCACAUACUACGCUUCUGAAUCUUAACAUGAUUAUUAUCACUGACACAGAUGAUGAUUCACAGAGACUGUUUGAAUCUUGUCUCACUAGUUGUGUUUUUCCUAUGCAAAAAUAAAAUGGACAGAAUUGCAA